AUGUUCAAGGGAGAGUCCAGGGUGCUGACUGUGUCCAUUGCCUGGCGACUCAGUGCAGAUAAAGGUAGAAGCCAUUUGAAUCGGCAUACUCAGACUUGUCCAGCACGGAUUGGAAAUAACAUAAAUCAUCAGAAAGCUCAGCGAGAGCGUCAUGUUCUAGCUUUACCAGCAAUGGAUGAUAUGAAUCCCUCAGAGCAAAAUACCUCAUCAACUCAGACUGCUACUGAUAUAACCAGGAAACCUGACCAAGAAGCAUCUUAUCAAGAGUUAACUAGAAUGAUUAUUUCACAUGGCUAUCCCUUGUCGAUUGUCGAGCAUGAAGAAAUGAGAAGAAAAGAAAAGGCUGACCUUAAGGAAAGAAUUGCACUCUUGUCCCAUCGGGUUUCCUUGUCAGCAAGUGUUUGGGCUCCUCAUGGAGCUGAGGCCUUAGUGAAGUAUCUCUGUUUGGCAGUGCAUUUUAUUGAUUCUGACUGGAAACUUCAAGGAAAACCAUCAAAUUUGAAGAUAACAAAACUGUUGAGUCUGUUUGCAGGAUACUCAGGGCUUUUUUAUCGUGCUGUUGAAGUGAUUUGUGGUCCUGUUUGCCCCACAGCAAAUAUGUACUUCAAUGAACUGUGGAAAGUUAGAACAGCUUUGCAAGAAGAAGCAUCAACUGAUCACACUGAACUUGCUAACAUGGUUUGGGAGAUGCAGGAAGCAUUCAAUGAGCAUUGGCAAAAUUCAUAUGUGUGGCUGUCGAUACCUGUUGUUCUUGACCCCAGAUUCAAAAUUACUUUUAUUGAGUUCGUUGGAUGGAUUGACAGUGAUUCAUUGGAAGAUUGGGAUGAGCAUCUUAAUGCACAGACAAGGAACCAACAAUUGACAGAACUUGACAACUACCUUGAAGAUUGUCUUGUCCCAAGGAAGGAUGAUUUUGAUAUUCUGAACUGGUGGAUGAGUAAUUCUACAAAGUAUCCAACCCUUUCAGUUAUGGCACGUGAUGUCCUGGCAGUUCCAGCUUCUGCUGUUAAUUUUGAGCCCGCGUUAAGCGGUGAGAUCAGAAGAUCACAAGCAGUUCAUAACCAUAGUGCUUCUAACCUGGGAAUACAGGAUGAUAUCAUUGAGUACACCGCCCAUUUUAUUGUGCUGUAUAUCAGACAUCUACGCAGCCACUGGUAUCUGGGGCAGAUUAUUUGUACAGAGCCAUUGACGUGCUGCUGCCUGAUUGAGAAUUCUUGUAUGACGGCAAUAGAAAGCCAUUUGAUGACUGAUGUUCUGUUCAUGUUAUCUUAG